GUACAUAGAGAAAUCAAUUCAUAGCUUUGCGGACGGUCGUGGAAAAGUGUGAAGGGGACGAAGCGAAAAAACACCUCACAGUCAUUCAGUUUUGAAAAUUGAACUAUAAAGUCAGUUGAGUUCAGAACGUUGAACAAGAUAGACACAAAGCUGUCAGAAGGAAAAAAAAAAGAUAAGCCGGGUGGGAAAGUUCCGAAGAGCUUUGCGAGUUGAAAACGAUACCACCGUUGCGAAUUCGCGUAAUUAUCUCAACAGAAAUAUUAUUUGCUCAAAUGGUGUAAUUGGGAAAGAAUCCUUUGAAAACAAACGUGCAUUACUUCAAAAAGUGCCUGAAGCUAAUAAAUGUGUGCAAAUAUUUGUUACGUCUCCCAAAUGUAUUUUGCAAGGACACGUGCCAAAAAAUCGUUACUACAAUUGUGUGUGCAUUUCGAUAGAGUACAUGUGAUACGAAAAACCAUGCUUCGACUAAGUAGACAUCUAUCUGAAAUUACAGUGAUUACGCGGUGCUCCAUAUCAUGGAUGCUAGUGAUCAGUGCGUGCAUAGUGGGGUCACAUUGUUUACCUGUGGAUCACUUUGAGUUACAAGACGAUCUGUGGAGAAAUCCUUGCUCUGUUGACAACUUCAAGUCGUCCAAUGAAACCAAAACAACCCUCUCGCCGAUAGAGAAAGCAGACUACUUGAGUCGGAUAAACGACUCAAUCGCUCGCACUUUGUCCGAGUUAAAGCUAAUAACAGACAACCAAGAGAAUACAGACUGGAAUUCAGCUCAAAACCAAGAUACUUACAAGUUCUUGAAACCCUUCAGAAAGAACGAAACUACAUGGGAACGUCGUGUACAAAUUUACUUAGCAUCCGUCGAAGUGAUUUAUAAAAUGCAAGUAGACAUCGAAAAGUCAAAUUCCGAUCACACAGAGUCUGAUAAGCUGAAGCUCCUGCGAGGCCAAACAAAAGGCUUACUCUGUGGCAUACAUGAAUAUAGAAACAAAACAAAAAAUAGGAAUGAAAACCACACUGGAAUGACUGCGAAACAAAUGAGCAAGAAAAUCAAUUUCAACAAGACAGAAGACACGAGCACCAUGGAUCUCCACAAUCAUUUCCUAAAAUGUCGCUUCAAGUGCUUCCUGGAGGAUAUGCAACUGCAUGUCAUCUCUUCGAUCGAAGCGCUAAGGAAAGGCAAAUCGACAGCCUCCACCAUCAAGAAACCAGGAAUGAAGCCGAAAAAGGGACUCAACAGAAGAAAUGUGCUCAAGAAUAAAUGCUGCAUUGUAAAUAAUAUGCCAACAAGUCCGGCCACGCCCAGACCACCGGUGGGUGAAGCGAGGAAAAACAACAAAACAAAAAAGAAGUUCAGGGGAAGCAAACAGCCAAAAUUAAUUAAGCCAAAACAGAAGAAAGUUCGGCGCAAAGGUAAUAAAAAGUUAGUCCAGUGAUUUCAAAUGGGAGUUCUGCGGGAAUAGAAUUCCUCUGCGGUGAGAUGAACGAAAAGCGUGUGAAAUAAUUUAUCUUCAGCUUAGGAAAGCAAACAGUAAAACAAUUUUGAAUGCCUUGUGCUUCAUAUUUUUGAUGAAUACGUGAAGCAAUUAUAUAGUUACUAAUGCAGCAAUGAUACAGUAUUCCAUAAUAGGUUAGGACACACGUUUUGAAUGCAUUUGAUAGAGCAUAAAGUCAUUUGGCAUGAAGCCGUUGGGCAUAAUGGUAUCUGCUUGGUAUAGUACAGGAAAUAACUAAUUAGGAGUGAAGAACCACUCAAUUCCAAAGAUGGAAAGACUCCAAAAAGUCUGAAUUGAUAUUACUAAAAAAAUGAGCUAUUUAAACGUUUGUCAAAAAGUAAAGCAGAGCAAAAAUGAAAUGACAACGCCUGAUUUUUUUCUGCUAAAUGACUUCAUGCUAAGUGGCGUUGCUUUGCAUUUGGAAUACCACCAUUUCGUAAUUAUAAGCAUAUUUUACUACAAUUCUAUCCAUAUGACAUAGCUACAGUGCAAGACGACUGACUAAUAUAUUUCAUAUGAUUAUUUAUUUAUAUCUUUUGAAAAAGAACUUACCGUGCUGUGAUAACUGUAUAUUAUGUAAAAAAUCUUAUUGGUUUUAUGAUCAAAUCACACCAAAUAGCUAGACGUAAUGCUCUUUGAACAAUCGUUCAUUUGAAACAGUAUUAGCAGACAACUAUUUUCUGCAGACUUAUAUUCACGGUUACUGGAUGUAUUCGUACAAAAUCCAUUGAGCCUUACUCGGAAGCACAAUAAAAUGCUCAUGUCAAUGUAUAGUUGAGUAAAAAAGCAUUCUGUAAGACAAUAUAGAAAAUUAAGAUCAAAAGUUCCUGAAUAGUGGAUAAGAAAAUUUUAGAAAAGAUUUUUGAAGACAGAAAAUAGCUAGUAUUGAGUUUAUUGUUAGUACACGCUGUUAUUAAUUGAGUAUUAGACAUUUUAGGUAAAAGCGUUAUGUAAUCAGUGCUACGUGUUAAGUAUGUAGACUAAAUUUUCCAGUGUUAAUUUAUUCUUCCGUCAUGCAUUAAUUUAUUACAUUCUCAUAGCAGUAUUCAUGUCAUUCUAUCAACAACUCGUCUUAGUUAUAGUAAAAUAAACUGAAAAGAUUGUGUA